AUGUCUUUUUUCAUGUCUUUAUUAUUAUUAGGGCUGGUGCUAGGUCUUGUUGUGGUUGCUUCUAACCCCUCUCCGUAUUUUGCCGCUUUAGGGUUGGUUGCGGCAGCAGGGGUGGGGUGUGGAAUUCUAGUUUGGCAUGGAGGUUCAUUUCUGUGCUUCAUUUUAUUUUUAAUUUAUCUUGGGGGGAUAUUAGUAGUGUUUGCUUAUUGUGCAGCUCUUGCUGCUGAUUCUCACUGGGAAAGUCUUGGGAGUCGGUCUGUUGCUGUCUCUUUAUCAGCCUAUGGGGCGGCGGUAGGUGUAUUUGUAGUGAUUCUUCACGGUGGGUGGUAUAAGUCUUCUUGGUUAACUGCAGAGGAGUUUAAUGAAUUAGUCAUGCAUCGAGGGGAUGCUGUGGGGGUUGCUACAAUAUAUUUAGCAGGUGGGAAAAUAUUAAUGAUUGCUGCUUGAACGUUGCUAUUAACACUUUUUGUGGUGAUGGAGCUAGUCCGGGGGAUGAGUCGGGGUACACUUCGGUCUAUCUAG